AUGGCUUCCCGAACAACCUCGUCGGCCUCGGUCAGGAAUCCUGUCCUGCGCCGCACCGUCACCUCGACCACUACCGAGUCCGACCUGUCCUCGCCGUCCACCGCCGUUGCGUCUCCCUCCGACUCGCCCCGGCCCUCGGCCUCGUCCACCUCCCUCUCCUCCAUGUCCGAAAUGGACAAUCUGCCUGAGAAGACCGUCUCAAUGGGCAAGCUCCUCGACACCAAUGGCAACGAGUUCACCGUCCCCGACUUCACCAUCAAGGACAUCCGCGAUGCCAUCCCCAAGCACUGCUUCGAGCGCUCCGCCCUGAAGGGCUACAACUACAUCAUCCGUGAUAUCCUCUGCCUCGGCACCACUUUCACAAUCUGGUAUAACUUCGUCACGGCAGAAUACAUCCCCAACACCGCAUCUCGUACUGUCCUCUGGGGCCUGUACACCGUCCUCCAGGGCAUGUUCGGCACCGGCCUCUGGGACAUUGCCCACGAGUGCGGUCACGGCGCCUUCUCGGACAGCAGGUUCAUCAACGACUUGACGGGCUGCAAGCACCACAAGGCCACCGGCAACAUGGAGCGCGACAUGGUCUUUGUCCCCCGCACUCGCGAGGAGCAUGCCAGCCGUCUCGGCAUCAUGGCCCACGAGCUCGCCGAGCUCACCGAGGAGACCCCGAUCUACACCCUGAUCAGGCUCAUCGGUCAGCAGCUCAUCGGUUGGCCCAGCUACCUCAUCAACAACGUCACCGGCCACAACUACCAUGAGCGCCAGCGCGAGGGCCGUGGCAAGGGCAAGUCCAAACGGCUUCCUUGGGCGGCGUCACCUCUCGACCCCCGCAGCCCCCUCUACGAGAACAAAGAUGCCCUGAAGAUUAUUGGCUCCGAUGUUGACCUCAUCCUCGCCGGCACCGCCCUCUACUUCCUCGGAAACACGUUCGGCCGGGCCAACCUCGGCGUCUGGUACUUUAUCCCCUACCUCUGGGUCAACCACUGGCUCGUUGUCAUCACCUUCCUGCAGCACACCGACCCCACCCUCCCUCACUACACCGGCGAGCAGUGGAACUUUGUCCGUGGCGCUGCCGCUACCAUUGACCGCGAGAUGGGCUUCAUCGGCCGCCAGCUGAUGCACGGUAUCAUCGAGACGCACGUCCUGCACCACUACGUCAGCAGCAUUGCCUUCUACAAUGCCGACGAGGCCUCGGAGGCUAUCAAGCCCGUCAUGGGCGGGCACUACCGCUCCGACACCCGUGGCGGUGCCCUGGGCUUCGUCAAGGCCCUGUACACAUCAAAGCGCAUGUGCCAGUGGGUUGAGCCCAGCGCUGGCGCCCAGGGCGCCGGCAAGGGCGUCUUGUUCUUCCGCAACCACAACAGCCUGGGCGUGAAGCCCAGCAACUAA